AUGUCCUGGCUCAAGAACGCCUUCCUCCGCCUGCGCGCCACCAUCAGCGUAGCCGGCUCACCCACCACCACUACUGCAGGCCGUCGCGCCAUCGAUAGCACGAUCCAGACCACCGCGCGCAAGUCGCUCGCUCACCAGACGCUCAACAAGGCCAAAGCAGGCACCACCAUGACAGCCGAAGAUCUAGCGUGGCAGAUGGCUUGGGAGAAGUUCGUGGAGCAGCCAAGCCCGCACCAGCGCCUCGCACCGUACGCGUGA